AUGGAUCCUAAAGAUAAAGAGAUUCUCAAAGACUAUGAAACCUCGCUAGAAGAUCUCACCUUUAAUUCUAAGCCUAUCAUCAACAUGCUCACCAUGUUAGCAGAAAAACACAAACAUCUUGCCCCUCAAAUCGUGGAGGGUUUGUACAGUCCCGUACGUCAGGAACACAAGAUUCCCACACUAUACCUCAUGGACUCCAUGAUCAAGAAUCUUGGAGGGGAGUUCUUAGAAGUGAUCAGCAAGAAUAUUGUGGGCGUGUUCUGUCAUGCUUUUGAGUGCAUGCAAAUAGAAGAACCAACUUCAUCAAGUGAAACAGCUGCUAGUAAACCAUCACAGCGGAAUUCACCCCCUACUAAAGUGAUCGGAGCCAAAAAACUACUCGAAGAGCAGCGACAGAAGAAAUUUGAUAAGCAGAGAGCAAUGGGACUUUUACCACCUAAAGAAGAGAUCAUACUAGCUGCUUUCAUUCUUAUUAUUGUCUAUGUGUUGAUAAUAUUUGAUUUGGUCCAUCGAACCAUUGCCGCUAUUAUAGGCAGUACAACUGUCCUAGGAGUGUUAUCAAUGUUACAUAAACGGCCAACUUUAGAGACAACUGUUGAGUGGAUUAGUUUAGAAACUAUUUGUCUCCUUUUUGGAAUGAUGGUUCUAGUUGCUAUUUUCUCACAGACUGGAUUCUUUGAUUAUUUUGCAGUAAAGGCUUACAAAUUAUCAAGAGGAAAAGCUUUUCCAUUGAUAUCUCUACUAUGUUUAUUUUCAGCUGUUGUUUCAGCAUUCUGUUCAUUUUCCAUUGUAAUAUUAUUAUCAUAGGAUAAUGUGACAACGAUUUUAUUAUUAACACCAGUAUCUAUUAGACUUUGUCAAGUACUUAAUUUAGAUCCUGUACCAGUAUUAAUUGCUGAAGUCCUAUUUUCCAAUAUUGGAGGAACUGCAACAGCCAUUGGAGAUCCCCCCAAUGUUAUCAUUGUCUCUCAUCCAUUGAUAACAAGAGAGGGAGUUAAUUUUGCUGAGUUCACUCUUCAUUUACUUAUUGGAAUAGUUUUUUGCACUGUAACUGCAUACGGAGUCCUCCUAGCUCGGUCAUCUAUGGAUUUGUGGCGUAAAAAUCUUGAAGACUUAGAGAACGUUACAAAAUUUACUGAUCGAAUUUUACUAAUAAAUCUUGUGGUCUUACUAGUGGUCAUCAUACUGUUUCUUCUUCUCCCAUUUUAUUCCCUUGUAGAACUUAACCUGGGUUGGAUAGCCAUUGGAGCAUUGGUAUUACUAUUAUUAGCUGAUAUACAAGAACUUGAGGGUGUGUUACAUAAAGUUGAAUGGGGCACAUUAUUGUUCUUUGCUGGACUGUUUGUACUAAUGGAGGGACUAGCAGAACUAGGACUAAUUGAUUUCAUCGGAGAAGUUACUGUUAAUAUUAUCAAGGAUGUAGAUAAAGACAAACAAUUACUAGUAGCUGUUAUUCUUGUCUUGUGGGUGUCUGCCAUUGUUUCUUCAUUUAUUGAUAAUAUACCCUUCACACAAGCCAUGAUUCCAGUAAUUGUUAAAUUGGCAGACUCUCCUGAAGUUUGUCUACCACUCAGACCACUUAUCUGGACACUUGCAUUUGGUGCCUGUCUUGGGGGUAAUGGUACAUUGAUUGGUGCCUCUGCUAAUGUUGUGUGUGCUGGACUAGCGGAACAAAAUGGCUACCGUAUUUCCUUUAAUCAAUUCUUUAAAAUGGGUUUUCCCAUGAUGAUAGUAACCACGGCAACAGCUAUGGUAUAUCUUAUUAUAUGUCAUGAAGCUAUCGGGUGGAACAAAUCUACUUGUUAA